AAGAGGUUGGCAAUAUUGCCCAAGAGCUUUUGAACAACAAAAAAGGUAAGUAUAAUAAAGAUAUUAAAUUUAGAUGGAUGGAGGUUUUUGAUCAAGUACUUGUAUCUUAUUGCGUUCGUCCCGAUAAGAGUGGAGUAACUUUUACUCUUGCAAAUACUGAACUGGUGGCCACUGCAACCCCGCAAAAAUUGGAUAAACAGGUGUAUAAAUAUGCUAAUAAACUUUGCCCCUCUGAGCAAAAGCACAGUGAAGGGCAUGUAUUUGGUAUAGUUGGCCAUUGCAAAAAUGCUUCUUACUAUGUUAA